UUCUCUUUCCGUCUCUUUCUCUUUCUCUGGUUUUCCCUGUCGCUUGCUCAACUCUUCCUCUCUCUCUAUCUCUGGAAAUUUAUCUAUAUUACCGGUCUUUCUUGAAAGAGAGAAUCAGCAAACUUAAUUGCAAACCCUAAUUCGAAGUGUUGGUUCUUCAAUUUGAUUUAAGUUUGUCCAUGAUGAAUAUGGGAGCAGAAACUCGUCCUUCCUCCUCUGCAGUAACAGCAGAGAAGGCUUUCUCGUUCAUCUCGAAAGGGUGGAGAGAAGUAAGAGACUCUGCAGAUGCGGAUUUCCAGUUGAUGAGAGCUAGAGCGAACUCCUUCAAGAACCUCGCCACCUCGUUCGAUAGGGAGCUCGAGAACUUCAUCCAUUCGGCUUCUACUUUCUCUGUUCCUGCCAUCCGAUCUUCUCCACCCACUGAGAUUGAAUUUGUCAAGAGACUUCGGCCGAAACUUUCUGAGUUCCGUCGAGCAUACUCGUCUCCGGAUUUUAGCCGGAAGGUUUUGGAGAAAUGGAGCCCUAGAUCGAGGAUUCGGAUUGAUUUGUCUGCAAUAAAGAACGCUAUUGUGUCUGAGGUCGAGGAUAAGGGCGGAAUUGUUGAAUUUGGUGAUUGGGAGAGGAUUCGGCGUGGGAGACAGGUGAGGUUUAAGGAGUUUCGGUGGGAGUGGAAGGGAGAGGGUGAGGAAAAUCAGAAAGAAUGGGAGCCGAUUAAGGCGUUGAAGACGAGGUUGAAGGAAUUUGAGCAUAAGAAUUCUUCGUCUGAGAUCUUCAGCAAUUUUAAGAACAGCGAGUUUGUGGAGAAAGUGAAAUCGAGUCUGAAAGCAAUUUGCAAGGAGCCUCAAGAAUCGAAGGAUGUACUGCCAUUGGAUGUACCUGAACUUCUAGCAUAUUUGGUGAAGCAAUCAGGGCCUUUCCUUGAUCAACUUGGGUUUAGACGAGAUAUGUGUGACAAGAUAGUGGAGUCAUUGUGCAGCAAACGCAAGAAUCAGUUUCUCCUGCAUUCGUUGUCAUCAGGGGAUACCUCCUUUGUUGAACAUGAGAACAUUAAUGAUGAACUGGACUCAAGGAUAGCCAGUGUUCUCCGCUGUACAGGACACCGUUACGAGGGUGGCCUUUGGACUGAUUCGGUAAAGAAUGACUCAGAAGAUGGGAAAAGGCAUGUUGCCAUUGUAACAACUGCUAGUCUUCCUUGGAUGACUGGGACAGCUGUAAAUCCACUGUUCCGAGCAGCAUAUCUGGCCAAGUCUGCAAAACAAAAUGUAACGUUGCUAGUACCAUGGAUUUGCAAAUCAGACCAGGAGCUAGUUUAUCCCAACAAUCUUAUUUUCAGUUCACCAGAGGAGCAGGAAAGUUACAUACGAAACUGGCUGGAGGAAAGGGUUGGCUUCAAGGCAGAAUUCAAAAUUUCCUUCUAUCCAGGAAAGUUCUCAAAAGAAAGGCGUAGUAUAAUACCCACUGGGGAUACGUCACAGUUUAUUUCUUCCAAGGAAGCUGACAUUGCCAUACUGGAAGAACCAGAACACUUGAACUGGUACCAUCAUGGUAAACGUUGGACUGAUAAAUUCAAUCAUGUGGUUGGUGUUGUUCACACCAAUUAUUUGGAAUACAUCAAGAGGGAGAAGUAUGGAGCUUUCCAAGCUUUCCUUGUCAAACACAUUAAUAAUUGGGUUGCCAGAGCAUACUGCCACAAGGUUCUUCGUCUAUCUGCUGCAACUCAGGAUAUGCCAAAGUCUGUCAUAUGCAAUGUUCAUGGUGUAAAUCCAAGGUUUCUAGAAGUUGGAGAGAAAGUAGCAGCAGAAAGACAACUUGGGCAUCAGGCAUUCUCUAAGGGAGCAUAUUUCUUGGGAAAGAUGGUCUGGGCAAAAGGGUACCGGGAAUUGAUAGAUUUGCUAGCAAAGCAUAAGAAUGACCUUGAGGGUUUUAAGUUGGAUGUCUUUGGGAAUGGAGAAGAUGCACAUGAAGUUCAGUCUGCUGCUAAGCAGUUUGACCUGAAUGUGAACUUCCUUAAAGGGAGGGAUCAUGCAGAUGACUCACUUCAUGGUUACAAGGUCUUCAUAAAUCCUAGUGUCAGUGAUGUCCUUUGUACAGCGACAGCAGAGGCUCUUGCAAUGGGAAAAUUUGUAAUUUGUGCAGAUCUUCCAUCAAAUGAAUUCUUUAGAUCAUUUCCCAACUGUUUGACUUAUAAGACAUCAGAAGACUUUGUUGCAAGGGUGAAAGAAGCAUUGGCUAAUGAGCCUCAGCCUCUUACCCCAGAGCAGAUAUAUAAUCUCUCCUGGGAAGCCGCAACUCAGAGAUUUAUAGAGUCUUCUGAUCUGGACAAAGUCUUAAGUUACAGUAAGGGAGUUGCAGAAUCGAGCAAAGCCAAUGGGAAACAUAUUAAAGCAGUUUCAGUGCCUAGCUUGAUGGAGAUGGUAGAUGGGGGUCUAGCAUUUGCACACUACUGUCUCACAGGGAAUGAGAUCUUGAGGCUGUGUACAGGAGCUAUACCUGGCACAAGAAACUACAACAAGCAACACUGUAAGGACCUUCAUCUUUUGCCACCACAGGUAGAGAAUCCUAUUUAUGGCUGGUAACUAAAUCAACCAGUCAUUAGUAUUCUGUGUAUAGUAGUAAUGCUGUAUAUUUAGGUAACUGUUCAUCCUAGUUAGUUGGAAGAGGGGGUUGGGGGGUUCUUUAUGAUCCCCAUGAUAAUUAUUGUCUCUCUUUAUCCAACUCUCCAUCCAUGCCUUUGAUCCAAAUUUUGUUUUUAUUUUUGCCCAUAUUCAUUAGAGUGCUUUAUCAACAAUAAAGUAAACAUGGAGUGCUGUCUUCCAAAGAAGGAUGGCCAAUCAAGUUUUUUCAAAUUUUUUAUGUAUAACACAAUGUAGUACUUAAACUUGCACUCUGUGUGUGUGUGUGUAUGGAGAGAGAGAGAGAGAGAGAGAGAGAGAGCAUGUGUGCAUAUGCUGGUGUGGAAGGAAGAGAGUAAGAGAGCACCUUUGACAGAAUUGGAGGAUCUCGAAUGGUUUACUGACUACUUGUAAGCAUCUGACCUUGCUCACAAGGUUGGUUGUCUUUCAUCAGGGCAUUUUGAUUUGGUGCCCUUGCAAUUGUUCUUUCUUCCUCUUUAUUGCAUCAGAGAAGCUAAUCUCUCUUUCUA